AUGGCAGGUGGUCUUCAGGUUUUGACCGUCUCACUGCUGUCCAUCAUCCUGCUGGGCGUCGACUUCGCUCUGGUCCACGUUCUGGACAUCAUCAGCAGACACACGUUUACGCAGUUCAACGUGACGAGUAGUCACCACAUGGACAUCCAAGUGGGUGGAGACACCAUGAUGGCCCGCCUCCUGCGGACCGUGAUCUCUGGGUUCAACAGUUCAUCCGACCUGAACAUCAAUAGCGACAACCAAGCAUGCAUGUCUCCCCCCUCCUCCCUCCCCACUGCAGUAUAUGUGAGCUGUGUGGGUUGUGUCCUGCUGGUGGCGCUGUUCAGCCUCGUUCAAGUCUACACCAACCGCCUCAGACGGGUCAUUGCAGCCUUCUACCACCCUAAGAGGGAGAAGAAGCGCAUCUUGUUUCUCUACAACCUGCAGCUCCACCGACGGCUUUCCUUACCUGACAAGGAGAAGACCAUCGAUAGAGGACAGAGGAACAGGACGGUGUUUGAGCGCCUGACCGCGUGGAGGCGCCGUCUCUUUCUUCACCGCCACCCAGAAGAGUCGGACAUGGAGGAGACUCGUUAUGCCUGCAGUUAGACCGAGGUUCAGACAAACCCAGAGACCCUGUCAGCGUCCGUCCUUCAGUCUAUUAAAGUUCUUUAAGGCAACAGUGAAACCAUCAUGUCCAUUAAAACACAAGCUUCUCCUUAAUAAGACCUAGCCUCCAUGUUGGAAACGGAAAAGCAAACGUGAGCUCAUGUGGUAAAAAGCAACAGAAAUAAAUGUCAACUUUAUUUAUAGAGCACUUCAUCACAAAGAGGUUCCAAUAAAGUGCUGACGCCAUAAAGCAUUAGAAUAAUGGCUCUUAGUGGUUUACAAAGCUAGAAGGAAACUGCACCGUCAGUCUGUGCCUGCAGGUCAGAGUUCAGGGUAUAAAACGCACAGAUUCAUUCACAGGUUUUUAAAGGUA